AUGGCGACCUCCACGGCCUCGCAGCAGCCCCUCAAGAGCAUCCUGAAGAACAAGACCUCGGGGGCGUCCGCGGUGGGGGUCUCGCCCGAAGAGUCGCGCCAGAAGGUGGAGGAGGAGAUGAAUAAGAAGUCCCAGAAGUGGGACGAGAUGAACAUCCUGGCGACCUACCACCCGGCCGGCAAGGACUACGGCUUCAUGAAGGUGGACGAGCCAGGCACGCCCUACUUCACCCUGGUGGACGACGACAACCCCGACACCUUCUCCUCGGACCCCAAGGCCUCGGGGGUGGUGAACCCGGCCAUCCUGGCCCAGAAACUGGCGGCGGCCGCCGGCUCGGAACCCAAGUUCCGCAUCCGACAGCGGGAGAGCGCCGCCGAGGAGGACGGCGGCCCCGCGCCCGAAGACCAGGAGAAAAAGGAAAAGUUUGAAACGCAGAGGAAGCUGCACUACAGCGAAGGACUGAGCAUCAAGCUGGCUCGACGGCUCCUUUCCCAGGAACUGCUGGAAGACGACGACGACCAGGACGAGACUGGGACUGUGGACGGCACGAGCAGGGUGAGCGCCCGACCCACCAGCCCCGGGUCCGCCUCCAGCGCCGGGUCCGCCUCCAGCCCGGGGCCCGCCUCCAGCCCGGGGCCCGCCUCCAGCCCGGGGCCCGCCUCCAGCCCGGGGCCCGCCUCCAGCCCGGGGCCCGCCUCCAGCCCGGGGCCCGCCUCCAGCCCCGGGUCCGCCUCCAGCCCGGGGCCCGCCUCCAGCCCGGGGCCCGCCUCCAGCCCCGGGCCCGCCUCCAGCAGAAAACAGCAGAGCAAAUCACCGCGUUCCUAG